GUGGAAAUAGGGGAAGGGGUCAGAUUUAUCCUGAUGGUAGCAAAAGUAACAAUACAGUUUAUAAUGCUACGGCAGGAGGGAUAAUAAGCAAAAUUUUACGAAAAGAAAAAGGGGGAUACGAAAUAACCAUAGUGGACGCAUCGAAUGAACGCCAAGUAAUUGAUAUUAUCCCUCGAGGCCUAGAACUUCUUGUUUCAGAGGGCGAAUCCAUUAAACUCGAUCAACCAUUAACGAGUAAUCCUAAUGUGGGUGGAUUUGGUCAAGGGGAUGCGGAAAUA